AUGCCCCGCAACCACAGCGGAGAUGAAGGCGGCACGGGGCUCUGGAUGAAAACUUCUCCGGGCCACCGCGCCGAGGUCUAUGACUUGAAGGAUGUGGAGUCCGGCCGAAGGAUGAUGAACAACGCCAGUGCUGGGGACGGUUUGCUGUCGGCCUCCAGUGCUACAGGUGCCGGGGGUUCGGAGAGCCUGAGGGGAAACAAGGGAGCCCGGCUCAGCCUGCUGGGAAAGCCACUCAUAUACAGCGCUCAGAGCGGCCGGAGAAACGUCCGUUACCGAAGGCUGCAAAAUUUACUGUACAACGUGCUAGAGAGACCACGAGCCUGGGCGUUCAUCUACCAUGCGUUUGUGUUCGUCCUGGUCUUUGGUUGCUUGGUCCUGUCUGUGUUCUCCACCAUUCCGGCUCACCAGGACUUCUCUUCCGACUGUCUGCUCAUCCUGGAGUUUGUGAUGAUCGUGGUGUUUGGGCUGGAGUACAUCAUCAGGAUCUGGUCGGCCGGCUGCUGCUGUCGCUACAGAGGAUGGCAGGGUCGCCUCCGUUUCGCCCGGAAGCCUUUCUGUGUCAUAGAUAUCAUCGUACUGAUAGCCUCCGUAGCGGUGGUGUCGGCAGGAAGCCAGGGUAACAUCUUCGCCACUUCCGCCCUGCGUAGUCUCCGCUUCCUGCAGAUCCUGCGUAUGGUGCGCAUGGACCGGCGCGGCGGCACCUGGAAACUGCUGGGAUCAGUUGUGUACGCACACAGCAAGGAGCUGGUGACGGCCUGGUACAUUGGCUUCCUGGUCCUCAUCUUCUCCUCCUUUCUGGUGUACCUUGUGGAGAACAAGUUCAACAGCGAGUUUGCCACCUAUGCUGAUGCCUUAUGGUGGGGAACGAUCACCUUGACAACCAUUGGUUACGGCGACAAGACCCCGAAGACCUGGACCGGGCGCAUGCUCUCAGCUGGGUUUGCACUACUGGGCAUCUCUUUCUUUGCCCUGCCAGCGGGUAUACUGGGCUCAGGCUUUGCCCUGAAGGUCCAGGAGCAGCACAGACAGAAGCACUUUGAGAAGAGGAGGAACCCAGCCGCUUGUCUCAUCCAGUGUGUUUGGCGUAGUUAUGCGGCUGAUGAGAACUCGGUUUCCAUUGCUACCUGGAAGCCUCAUUUGAAGGCGUUGCAUACCUGCAGCCCUACAAAGAAGGACCAGGGUGAAUCGUCCACAAGUAAGGUUCUCAGUAGUAAGCAGAAGCUACUGAGGAGGUGUACCCUACGGAAACAUACUAGCCAGAAGCUGAGUUUCAAAGACCGGGUCCGAAUGGCGAGCCCCAGGGGGCAGAGUAUUAAGAGCCGGCAGACGUCGGUGAGCGACCGGCGGUCCCCGGGGACUGAGGCUGGGGGUACGGAGGGCACCAGCCCUGCCAAGGUCCAGAAGAGCUGGAGCUUCAACGACCGCACCCGCUUCAGACCCUCCCUCCGCCUCAAGAUCCAAUCACGCUCCACUGCCGAUGCUGACUCUAACAUGACCACUGAGGAUGGGUUUGGUGAUGACAAGGGGUGUCACUGUGAGAUCUCUGUGGAGGACCUGCUGCCUUCCGUCAAGUCUGUCAUCCGAGCCGUCAGGAUAAUGAAGUUCCACGUGGCCAAGAAGAAGUUUAAGGAGACGUUGCGUCCGUACGAUGUGAAGGACGUCAUAGAGCAGUACUCUGCCGGACACCUGGACAUGCUGUGUCGCAUCAAGAGCCUGCAGACACGAGUGGACCAGAUCCUGGGUAAAGGCCAGAUUCCUCUGGAUAAGAAGAUCCGGGACAAGCUCCUGUCUGAUGGAGACCUGCUGGAGGACAUGAGUAUGCUGGGACGCGUCUGUAAAGUUGAACGGCAGGUCCAGUCUAUUGAGUCGAAGCUAGACUCCCUGUUGGACAUCUACCGGCAUGUGUUACGUAAAGGCUCCUCCUCUGCCCUUACCCUCUCCUCCUUGCCCCUGUUUGAGCUGGAGCAGACCUCAGACUCCCAGAGCUCUAUCCUCUUCAAGGACCACUCCACCUGCUCUACUCAGGUCAGCAGCACCGGAGGUGGGCCAGGGAUAGAGGGCCAAGGGGGGUGCGUGAGCCGCUCCUCCACCAACGCCUCAAACCUGUCCCGGGGACUUCACCUUAUCCUGGCGCCGCCCACCGAGCUCAGCCUCAACCUCAACACUGGCACCACCUCGCCUUCUACCGGUGGGCCCCCGCCCUCCUCGUUCAGUCCGUCGCCCCUUCCUCAACAUCACCACCAUCGUCAUCAUCAUACCCUGCCGGAAAGUGGGGAACCAGUCCAUAGCGGAAGUUCUUCUCACUCACCUCCUAUUCUUACUCCUAAUUGUGUAUCUGGAGGCGGGGGGUUUCCUACUCUGGCCAGGCCCCCACCACCUCCUCCCCAGCCCAGCCGGACAGUGGGUCACUCCAGGCCGGAGAGGGAGAGGGAGGUGAAGGUGGGCGACUUCUGUGGAAGCCCGGAGGAGAGGGAGGAUGGUGAUGUGUUAGGCCCAGAACAAGGCCUCAGAAUCGGGAGGCUGGGGCAGUCAAGAGGGGGGUCCAGUGGGACCCCCCAGUGGGACCCCCCCUGCAAUGCCAAAGCAGAGGGCUCCUGGAGGAGACACACAAGCCUGGAGAUGGAGCCCCUGGUACCCCUCUCUUCUGCUCUGGGAGGAGGAGGCGGCUGCUCCUCCGGCUCCAAUCCCAGACAGGUGGACCGAAGCCUGGGCAAGUCCAUGUCCGUCCAAGACCUGGGGCAGGGGGGGACGACCACCUCCAUGGCCCUGGAUAGCCACCACCAUCCUAGCCUCAGCCUCUCGUCCCCCAGCCCCUGCAGCAGCGACUCCCCCACAGGCUCCCACAGUAGUCAGGACCCUGGGGGAGGGGGCGGCGGGGAUGGCUGGGGGGAGGAGGACCUCUUUAUGAGCGACAGGGAUGUGGACGCCCUCGCUCUCCCCCCCGAGGCUCAAGGUGGAGCCUUUGGCUUUGACUUCCUGUCCCAGGGAACAGCCGACGCAACCUCUUACUCUUCAGAGCUACUGAGGACAGACCCGGGGCUUGGGGCGGGGUUAAGUGCUCUGGCGGGGUUCAAUAGGAGCCUGCCGAGCGGGAGCGGGAACACGUCAUCGCCCGCCUCAGUUGGGAGCACCGAGUCCCUGAGCAUGCCGCACGUACGGCUAAAAUAA